CAGGGGGGCCGGGAGUCGCGGCCGGCCGGCCACCGCCCAGUCUCCUCACCUCCAGACCUCCCCUUCCUCCUCCCAGCGUCUGCGAGGAUUUCUGCCUUCACUUUCUCCUACUCUGCCCUGCCCUAGCCCUCUGCCUGACGCCUCCCUUCCAGCCACGUGCUGGGAGCAGGUGGAAUUCUCCCAGGCCCUCUCGUUUUCCUCCUGGAGAGAAGGCCACACCCCCAGCAGACAGCACCGCCCUGGUUGAUUCUUCUGCUGUCCUGCUCAUUCACACUUCAGUGCCCAUCUGAAGGCACCCCAGCUUUCACUGGUCUACAGACAGCAUCUAGCGGGGGUCCCAGCCUUGCAGCACCAAAAAGACCAUUUGUUGGUACCAAACAGGGCUUUCAUUUGUCAGAUUAUGGUAGCGCUGCCAGUGCAGCUGGUGUGGAUGAACCUGACGGCUUAAAGCGAUCCCAAGGGGAGGCGUUUACCUGUACAUGGUGCACCCUUGAGGACUGUGUCAGGAGAGGGUCUGAUUCCGGGCUACUCCCAGCUGUCCACUUGCAUUAUCAGAUGCCCCAGUGAGAAGCGUGCAGGACACAGCCGUUGCCUUUAUAGCUGCAGAUUGGUGUGUUUCGCCUCUCUGUUAACUGUGGGCUGUAGUCUAACAGGAAGCAGCACAAAGAUCGUUUCAUUGAAAAUUGUAUAAAAAUGACACUGGUCCACCAGCUUCUGAUGUUCUUUAUAAAGCAUGAAUGUGCUUAGUUCUGUUCCCAUUGCAGGCCACCUUGCCAUGCCUAGUGUGAGCGGGGGAAGCUAAAUCGCGCCUUAGCCAUUGCGGCGCGUGGACGGCUCGGUGUUGGCUAGUCUGUGGGAUCACAGACUUAGGCCGUCACCCAGUGGGUUUCUCUGCUGGGCGAGAGCAGUUUGUCAGCUCUGGGAAUAGUUGACCCACCUGCUAGAGAAACUAAUUGGAGCUGGGUGUCACAGUCCUGUCCUGGUACUGUAACCAAACUAGUGAUGCCACAUAGUGUCACGUUUAUGCUCACUGCUGAGGUGACAAGAGGAUAGUUUGGGGGACAUAGACUGGGAUCCCCCUGGAGUUACCUUGCCUGGAUGGCAUUGAUCUCUGCUUAGUGCAGCAGCCUUGUUUACCACUCUUAAAGCUGUUGCAUACGUUGCCCUGCUGAGCCUCUGGUAGGGAGGGCCCAGAUGACCCACGUUCCAGAUGAGAAUGCACAAGUUCUGGGUAGUUGAGUUGCCCAAGUACCUGUAGCUGCUCAAGUGUAGCAGCUGUAGGGAUCCGUUGGGGGAAACCCUUGCAUUUUUCAGUCUGCAAUUAGACGACAUCUCUCUAAUCCCACCCUGUGUCAGGAAUGUUUUGCUUCCCCUGGCUUUUGAGUGAUCUUCAUCUUCUCUUCCUCACACUUUUAACCUCUCUGUUUCUUCUCUUGGUCUCAGUGAAAUUAUUGCCCGUGGACUGUGAAAGGAAAACAGAUGAGUUCUGCCAGGCCAAGCAGAAGGCGGCCCUGCUGGAGCUGCUGCAUGAGCUCUACAACUUCCUGGCUGUCCAGGCGGGUAAUUUUGAGUGUGGAAAUCCAGAGAAUCUAAAAAGCAAAUGCAUUCCUGUUCUGGAAGCCCAGGAGUACCUGGCAAAUGUGACCAGCAGCUCCUCCUCCAAGUUUGAAGCAGCACUGACCUGGAUCCUGAGCAGCAAUAAGGACGUGGGCAUCUGGUUGAAAGGGGAAGACCCGUCUGAGCUGGUGACGUCUGUGGACAAGGUGGUUUGCUUGGAGUCUGCGCACCCCCGUAUGGGCGUUGGCUGCCGGCUGAGCCGCGCCCUGCUCACUGCUGUCACCCACGUGCUCAUCUUCUUCUGGUGCCUGGCCUUCCUGUGGGGACUCCUGAUCCUCCUGAAGUACCGAUGGCGGAAGCUGGAGGAGGAGGAGCAGGCCAUGUACGAGAUGGUGAAGAAGAUCAUAGAUGUGGUCCAGGACCACUACGUGGACUGGGAGCAGGACAUGGAGCGCUACCCAUACGUGGGUAUCCUGCACGUGCGCGACUCCCUUAUCCCGCCACAGAGCCGGAGGCGCAUGAAGCGGGUGUGGGACCGCGCCGUGGAGUUCCUGGCCUCCAACGAGUCCCGGAUCCAGACGGAGUCGCACCGAGUGGCUGGGGAAGACAUGCUGGUGUGGAGAUGGACUAAGCCCUCCUCCUUCUCUGACUCAGAGCGAUAGGCCCCGCUCAGGGCCUGUUCCACGUCGGCCGUCCGGGCAGGGUGGCCAGACUGCGGUGCUGCAUUCACACUUGCCUUGACCGCCGCCCUCUGCCUGGCUGCAAGGGGAGCGGCUUCCUCAGGUGGGGGAGCCGGUGCGCAGCCCGUCCUGUGCCCGCUUUGCUGGCAGAAGAGGGGCAGAGGGUUCGUGCUCUGCGGACAGAAAGCCGCAAGGCAGCAGCAGUGGGGCCUGCACAGCCAGCGCGAGGCUGGGGCCACCAGUGGGCGACAGCUGCGCGGCCUGGGAGGUGGGUCAGGGACAGCGGGUGGGGUGGCAGGGACGGGAAUGGCUUGGUCCAUGUGCCUUUGGGGGUACCUGGGAGCUCAAGGUUUGGGGAGAGAGCCUGACCUCGGCCGGGUGGGCGCUUCCGUCCUAAGGACGAUGCUAAGAGAGCAGGUGACUGGAGGGGAACUGUCCGGAAGCCCCGUGCCCCGGGCCGGCCACCAAGGGCCACCAGCGGCACACCUCGCAGAAGCUGCAGUUUCAGACCAGACCUGCAGCCAGGCACUGAUCAGAGGAGAAUGAAUGCGGGUUCUGGGGCACAGGGUGGAGUGCCUGCUGCUUCCUGAAGCGAAGCCACGCGUUUUACUGUGACGCAUCCCCCACCGGGUCUGAAGCUGCGGUGGGGCAGACGCUGCGGCAGCUGCACACUGCCCCCUGCCGGCCGCCGUGCGGCUCUGACUUGGGGCUGGGGAAGGAGCAACUCCAGCUGCCUCUUUCUGGGCUUAGUGGUGUUUUUUGUCUCCUUAAUAAAGCGCCAGUCUCCCUCA